AUGGAAAGGACAGAUGGCAUCAAGGGAGAUACCCUGAUCGACAUUGGCACCGGCCCAACCAUCCACCAGUUCCUCUCUGCCUGCGAGUCCUUCCGGGAGAAGGACAUGAAGGGUCUCCUUCAUGUCCAGGAGGCAGAUGGCAUCAAGGGAGAUACCCUGAUCAACAUUGGCACCGGCCCAACCAUCCACCAGUUCCUCUCUGCCUGCGAGUCCUUCCGGGAGAUCAUAGCCACCGAUUACACUGACCAGAACCGGGAGGAGGUGCAGCGAUGGCUGAAGAGGGAACCUGGGUCUUUCGACUGGACGCCCAUUGUCAAAUACGUCUGUGAGUUGGAGGGAGACAGGGAAAAAUGGCCAGAGAAGGAAGAGAAGGUCCGAAGAGUCAUCAAGCAGUACCUGAAAUGCGAUGUGACCCAACCCAACCCUUUGGCUCCGCUGGUUCUUCCUCCUGCAGAUUGUCUGCUCUCCACCUUGUGCUUCGAUGGGGCUUGCAGAGACAUCCCCACCUACCGAACAGCCUUCAGGAACAUCAGUUCCCUUCUGAAACCAGGGGGGCAUCUUUUCUUUCAUUCAACACUUGAGGGAUAUUAUUACAUGGUUGGCCAAUGCAAGUUCUCUGCCCUGUACUUGGAGAAGGAGGUGAUAGAAGAGGCAGUGAGACAGGCUGGCUUUGUCAUUAAAUGGAUUGAGGAGACCAGGAUCCACCUCCCUCCUUCUGUAGCAGAUGGGAAGGGGCUGUGCAUUCUUCUUGCCCAGAAAUGCAGCCCAUGAAUAUUAGGCAACUGUUGAUGUAACACCCAGAGAUUUCCCCAACAAUUGUUAUGAAACUGUGGCUUCUGUGAUCUUUUCCAUGCCUUUCCUAGUAGGUACUGUGUGUAAUAAAGUAACAUCUUGCCUCUGU